AGCUUUAUUCUGAUUGGCCGCUGAGUCCCGGCCAGGUGUCAGCAGCAGCAGCAGCAGGAGGGAGAGAGAGGGCAAACAGUGCGGCUGAGGAGGAGGAGGCAGCAAUAGCAGCAGGAGCUUCGGUGGGCGCCGCUUUGAGACCAGAAGGAAGACCCCUGGUCUUGCACUUUCCAGGAAGGGUGAAGAAGGAGGUCUCUAUUCCGUUGUGCCUCAGUGAGACGCUGCGGUUUGGGAGAGGCGAGAGGUUCGUCAGCCUAUUGAUUGCACUAAGGAUAGAAUUAAUCAUGGGGAGGAAGCUGGACUUAUCUAGCUUGACUGAUGAUGAAGCUGAACAUGUCCUUCAGGUAGUCCAACGAGAUUUCACCCUCCGCAAGAAAGAAGAAGAUAGACUGAGUGAAAUGAAGCAGAAACUUGAUGAAGAGGUUGACAAGUGCAGCAUCCUUUCCAAGCAACAGAGAUUUAAUGAGCAUUGCUGCAUGCGUUGCUGCUCCCCUUUUACUUUUCUCAUCAACACGAAGCGACAGUGCCAAGAUUGCAAAUACAACAUCUGCAAGAAUUGCAGCUCCUACCAGAGGAAGGAGAAAACUUGGCUCUGCAAUGUGUGCCAGCAAGCUAGACUCUUAAGGGCUCAGUCCCUGGAAUGGUAUUACAAUAACGUGAAAAGUCGUUUCAAGCGUUUUGGAAGUGCUAAAGUCUUGAAGAACUUAUACAGAAAACAUCGACUGGAGAGUGGAGCUUCUUCUGAUUUGCUAGCAGAAGUAGGAAGCUUCUGUGAAGGAACCAUAGAAAAUGAGGGAAGCAUAUGUGGCAGUGACUCUACUUUCUACAGACAGUCAGAAGGACACAGCAUGAUGGAGACCCUUGUCGUGGCCUUGCGUGUUGCAGAAGAAGCUAUUGAAGAAGCUAUCUCUAAGGCAGAGAUGUACAGUAACAACAGCUUGGACAAACAGAAUGAAGCUUGCUACUUGCGAGACCAUAAGGAAGAACUCAUUGAAGAACUUGCUACCACCAUCGUCCAGAAAAUUAUAAGAAAGCAGAAAAACAAAACCGAGCAAGUGGAGGCUGGAACUGAAUGGCCGCAGUCCAGGAGCAGCAGUGGCCCAACAUCUGUUACUCUCUCAGAUCAGAGCAUGCUGACUUUUCCAGGGAGCCGUAGGGGAUCAUACACAUUAUGGAGGUCUCAGUCGGCUUUCUCACUGACUGCUGAAGAAGCCUCAAGCAGAGACGUGGACCUUGCAUCUUCUGUGCCUGAGUCUCUCUGGAGACAGUCAAAAGGCCCACUUAGGAAGCAGAAAGAGCACAGGCUAUCUGCAUUGCCCAGCUGGAAGAGUGUGGACCGAUUAAAUGAACCAACUUUCCCUCCUGUUUUGAAGAGUACUGAUGGAAACUGGGUAGCCUUGCAAAAUGUCAUGUUGCCUCAUCCACGAAUGCUUGCCAAACCAAAGAGCCAAGUAUUCAGAGCUUUGGAAAAUGAAUCUAGUGUUGUGUCUGCUUAUGAUGAGAUGGGCUCAGACAGCGAAGAUGAUUAUGAUUGGAAUGUGGCUUUGAACAAGCUAAGAAGAAGACCCAAACAGCUGUCAAACUCUGCUGAUUCCCCAUGCAAUGCUGAGUGGACUUAUGGAAAUGAACUGCACCAGCCAGUGACCUCCCCUUCUUUUGAACUAUUUGCCAGUGAGACAGGAUGCUUUGAUUCUGAAACAUCAUCCAUCAGUUCUUCAAGAGAGGCUAGGGGAACUAGCCGUUUUCCUUGGGUACAAAGGAGAACUUGUAACAAUAAGUCCAGAGAGGAAAAAGCACAAUUACAUGGGGAGCUAGAUGUAAACUUCAAUCCACAGGCUACCAGUUUAGAUUAUUCAGAUAGCAGUGAGAGUGAAGAAGCCUAUCAUGACUUAGAAAAGAGAUCAAAGAGGUGGAAGAAAGGCAAGGCUCUCUCUGAAGAUUUAUGCAAAGGCAAAAAUCGCACAAAAACUCACAAGAAGACUUUGAGCACAAGUCAGGCAUCUGAGGAUUUAUCAGAAACUGACAUAAGUAGUGAAGAUCAACAGCAUCAAACACAGACAGACCCUUUGGAAGAAAAGCUAAAGUCAAGAUUAUAUGAACUAGCUGCAAAAAUGAGUGACAGUAGGGAAACCUCUUCAGAGGAACAGGUGUCAGAACCUGGAACAGAAUCUGAGACUCAGAAAUCCUGCGUAUCUUCAGAAGAUAGUGGCAAAUGCAUUCAGGAGGAGUUACAGAAGGAAAAACAAAAGGCAUUUGAUCUGCAUCUUAAACUUCAGUUUUUAACUUCAGCACUUCAGCAGAAAUACUCUGCUGUAUCUCUUUGCAACAUCUCCACUGAAGUCCUAAAAGUCAUCAAUGCAACAGAGGAGCUCAUAGCAGAAUCCACAGGACCAUGUGACUUAACAGCAGAUGCCCAUGGCAAAGGAAAAGGGGAAUUUCCAUUAGGUGCAGACCCUAUCAGACUUGAUGAGCAACUCACAACGCUGGAAGAAAAUGUUUAUCUGACAGCUGGCAGCGUUUAUGGUUUGGAGGGUCAGUUAAAUGACCUGGAGGAUGCAGCACGUGGAAUUAACAGCAUUACAGCUGAAUCUGAGCUGGCAGACCUGGAGGACCAAGUGGCAACAGCAGCAGCACAAGUUCACCAUGCAGAACGUCAGAUUUCAGAUAUCGAAAGCAGAAUUUCAGCACUUACAAUAGCAGGCUUGAAUGUGGCUCCAUGCAUUCACCUGACAAGAAAACGUGAUCAACAGCAGACAAACCAGAUGCACACAAUAGACACAUCCAGACAACAGAGACGAAAGCUUCCAGCUCCACCAGUAAAAGGUGAAAAUGUGGAUGCUUCUCCAGUUACUCCUGUUAAAACAUUUAACAGGAAUUUCAUACUUCAAGGAUCUCUGACACAAAGAACAAAAAUGGAGAGAAAAAGCACUGCCAAGGAUUUGAAGGAACCAACUAUAGGGUCUGCUGUAAUGUACUAGAAUUGCAGAAUUUUACUGCCAAUAACACACUGCCUAAGGCUGCAAACUAGAGUGCCUUUAUAUAACAGCCAUUGUAUACAUCCAAUUAAAAAUGGACCCUCAAGAACCCACAAUGCCUCAGUAAUAGGGCUUUGUUUGGAUACCUCACUGAGCAAGCUGUUCAAGUCUUCAGCAUUGUGGUCUGCUGUCGGAAAUUCUGCCUUAAAGUUUUCAAGAGACUCUAGGAAGGACAUUGAACUUCAUAUAAGCAAGAUUCCACAUUUUAAAAUGCACUUUUCCUCAUAUUGUCAAUUGUACUAAAGUAUGUUGUCUUGGAAACACAGUAUGUUUUGUAGUCUUAAUUCAUCCAUUAAUGUUGAUCAAUAUCUUAUAUGGAAAUCAAGAAAAAGUCAAAUCACCCAUCCUGUGAUCCAUAUUUGUUAGGAUGUUAUUGUUCACACAGUCCUAUAAAAUGUUGCCAGAGCAAUAAGAAGAUUUCCAGGAGUAACUGGUGGCCCAGAAACCGAUUGUGGAGAGGCAUAGCCAGGGAGAAGUUUGAAUAGCUCUUACCUGGGAGGGAAAGCAGUUUUCCAUUUGGGAUUUCUCCUUACAUUUUAUCAUAGCAUACUGUGCUCGGCAGCAGAUGAAUGUCCUAAGUGCACAUAUCUAAGCUAUGUUUCUUGGUUAAGCAGCCUUUCACCUAAAUACAUUGGAAACCCCAUCCAUCCUCAAAAAAAAAUAAAUAGGAAGGCCAGUUGGAGAGCUAGAUGUAUUCUCAACUCAAAUCAAUCCUCACCUUUUAUUCUUUCUGCAGCCUGACUUAUCUCAGGAGGGAAGCAUUCAAACUAAUUUAUCACCUUCGCUUCCAAAUCUAUGGCUAGCAAAUGCUUAAAAUAGAAAAGUGAGCUUGGCAAAAUAAAAGUGAUCAUGCUGUUUUUUCAGAAGUGCACAAUUGUGUGAGGAUAAGAUUUUGAUUCCCUUUUUAAUUGGAAGGCUGAUAUUAGGUUUUUCUUCACUGGGCAUGGGUUUCCAUUUGCUCCCUAUGACUGGCUGACACAAAAAUGGCACUGGGCCAAAAUCAAGGAGCGGAGGCGGAUUGUCAGUUGAAUGUCUGAGCUAAAUUAAGCCAGAAGUACUAAGCACACUGGAAAGUGUCUAAACAGCAAAGAUAUUAUUUUAAUUGCAGCAGCUUAGCGUAGUAAGAGAUCAACAUUUGUAAGUAUUAAAAGAAAGAGGAUAUAUUUAAAAUUUGGCUCUAUGCAUUUAGACAAAUGGAUCCCAAAUACUUUUCUUCAUAUCUUGAUGUCUGCUCUCUAGGACCUCUAGUACAAAUUGAAACAAGUGAUUCAGACUGUCAAUUAAAAUCAUUCACACUCUGCACCCUUUUCUCUUACAAGAUUACACCCUCUUUCUCUUUUUUUAGCUGAUACAGCAAGAUCCCAUUUCUUAUGCAGAUAUGUUUUAAGCAUGCAUUCAAAGACUAGAAAAGCUCACAGUUUCACCACUCCUUAACUGUAAAACUGGAGGGGUGGUUAAAAUUGAAUUUGGGCUGCAGUCCAAAGCACACUUCCUAGGGAGCAAGCCCCACAGAACUUAAUGAAACUUACUUCUGGUUAAGCAGGCUUAAAAUUGCAACAGUAGCAUCAGAAGUAUGUACAUGCAGCAAUGUUAACAUCAUUAACUCUGGUUUUAUGUAUUCUAGGGCUUGAUCUCAAAUUACAGUCACUGUUAUGGGUUUUGUUUUGUUUUUUACUGCAGAGAAGAUAAUGCCAUCAUAUACAUGCAUGAAGUUCUUAUUUGUCUUUUAUAGGACUUGACUAAUCAGAUGGCAGAAUUUUGUCUGCAGCAUAUCAGAUUCCAUAUAGUAUUAAAUCUAAAGCUUAUUUAAAAAUUAGGGAUUGAAUACAAUUGUAAAUCAGUCACUUCAUAUUCACAUGACUCUUUCUGCACUUGUCCAGAAUACAUUCCCAGAUUCUUGUUUCUGCAGGUCUGCGUGUUACUGAAAUGUCAAAAAUGACAGCUGGUCUACAUAUUUGUCCAAUGAUACUAUUAGCUAAUUAAGUGUAUGUAAUAUUGAAUCAAGACAUGACCACUUUUAAUAGAUAGCUCUUUGGCUUUUGUUCUGUUGGUGUGAUAUAAAACAAAACUCAGUUUGAAAUAGAAUGUUUUCCAUAAGAGGCAUGAAAAGCAACUACAGUGUUCAAAUGUUAAACUAUUCAGUCUUCUUUAAGAAAAAUGUGUACUGUGUAGGCAAUGCAAAAAAGAAAAGAAGUCCCUGCCUGCUGUGUGGCAUUUCAAUUUUUACAAAGGUUUUACUUGUGCCAAAUGUGCAAGGAUUUAAUUUACAGUUUUAAAGAAAACCAUAAAAUGUAUAUGUUAUAGCACACAAAAA